CAUUUGGUGGGGGAUGGGUUAGGGGAUCGGUGCGUUAGCCUCUAUGGAUUACUGGCCGAGUUGACACGCUCACCGGCCGGCGGGCGAGGAGUAACUCUCCUUUGGCGACGAUCCAUGUAUGAAACGUUUCGCGAAGUGCGUCGCUACGGUUCGUGGGGAGAUGCGUCUCCCCUAGAUAGUUAGUGCCGAUGGUGAGAUACGCGAAUAACGAUCGUUGGGUUUUUCUCGGCUCCGGUUGUCGCACAGAAUUAAAAUAGGGAUAGACGAAGAAGGAAAGAGACAAGAGGGAGACAUGCGGUUCGCAUCCUCGACGCUGCAACGACGUCGUCAACCGCCGUUGUCCCGUCGGCGACGUCUAGACUGACCACGCAUCCGUCUGUUUUUCGUCGGGAUUCCGAGAAGGAGGAGGAGGAGGCGGAGGAGGAGGAGGAAGAGAAAGAGGAGGAUCCACAAGAACGAGUGCAACGGCGGUCGUUCCAACCGACCCGAUCCAAACCGUCGCGUCGGCGAACGACGACUGUCUCUUCGACAGAGUGCGAGAGCGACGAGGAGUGCGGCGAACUGAUUUCAACCGAGUCGGAGGGAUGUCACGGAGAAAGCAGGCCCGACCGAGUCGUGCUCAUCUCGAGGAGGAUCUUGUCCAGAGGCCUCUGUUGACCAAUCCCAUUGGAACUGUCGCGGGCAAUAUCCGAGAAGAAAAUGACUUUACAUCAGAUGGUGAAGAGAGUGGUGGUGGUGGAGGAGGUGGCGAGGAAGCCGUGGAUCUCACAGCGACGAGAUCUCAUCAGGGCGACGAUGAUCCUAUGGAAGAGGAUGAGGAAGAAGGUAUUGAUGAACAAGACGAGCAGGAUGAGGAUGAGGAGGGUUCACGCAAACAGAUUCAUCAUCGACAAGACGCGGAGAAUAAUAAUAAUUUUGUGGAGAGCGGCUUACCUACCGCUAUAUUCCCACCAGCUGGAACUAGUCACGUCACCCUCGAAGCCCUUCAGAAUACAAAAGUGGCGGUCGCUCAGUUUGCUGCUACUGCUCUUACUGGGGCAGACAGCGAAGCGGCGCUACAAGACCUGGCAUUUCUGGAAAACACGCUGUGCACCCUUCAGAAUCAACAGGUAUUACAAUUACAGCUGAUUCGACAACUUCAGCAGCAAUUAUUGAUCACUCACGGGCAAUCGGUAAUGCAAUCGUCGACGGAAUCAACCGAUAACAAAGAGGCUUCGUCGUCUCCUAUUAUUCAUCCGAAACCAUUGUCGAGUCUCGCGUCACCUCCUUCUUCUCGUCCGCCAAGUCAUCAUCAGCAAACAUCACCAGCGCCGCUGACACCGAAUCUGCUUCAGGAACGACCCACCUCGACGAGCAGCGCCUCUCCUUUGAAUCUACCCUUAUCUUCGUCCGGCACGACAUCAACUGUCAUUACGACCACCAGCAGUCAGAUGCCAAUGCCACAUCAAAUACCACAUUGCUCGAUAAGCGCUUCCCUCGCUUCAUCGAUCAUAACGAACACCGAUCCGCCUCCGCUUCACGAGCCAAAUACUCUGGACAUUCUUCAAAAACGUACCCAGGAAGUAUUGGAUAAUGCGAGUCAAGGACUAGCUAACAAUUUGGCCGACGAGCUCGCGUUUAGAGGCAAGGGCUCGCGACUAUCUCCUUACGAUUCGAAAUCAAGCGGUGGUCGCGGCGAGCCCUUCUUCAAGCAUCGAUGUCGCUUCUGUGGCAAAGUCUUCGGUAGCGACUCGGCGCUACAAAUCCACAUACGAUCCCACACAGGUGAGCGACCUUUUAAGUGCAACGUAUGUGGCAGUCGGUUUACAACCAAGGGCAACCUGAAGGUCCACUUCCAAAGGCACACGGCCAAAUUUCCACAUGUUAAGAUGAAUCCGAAUCCCGUUCCAGAACAUUUAGAUAAAUAUCACCCACCCCUCUUGCAGCAAAUUGCUUCCGGGAGACCGAUGCCGUCCCCGCCGCCGCCACCACCACCAUCCUCUCAUCACCCCUCGUUUCAUCCGGCAACAACGCACGGUUUCCUCCCACCACAACCACCCAUACCUCUGAGUCUCACCUUAUCCAAUAUGACGCCCCUUUAUCGAUCUCCAGUUAUUAAUCAUCGGGACGAUCAAGAUGUACCGGAGAACCUUAGUAAACCUAUAACCACCGCUCCACAGACAUCACCCACUUCUCCCGCUGCCGUAUUGAAUUCUCGUCAUUCCUUUCAUGACAAUCUUCAUCAACAACAUCAAAAGCAGCAACUUGAACAGAGAGAGGAGAUAAAGCUCGAACAGAGAUCACCCGGACAGGAGCAGUAUCAACGACCGAUGAGUCGGGAAGGCGCUGAGCGUAUAACACCGAAGAGAGAACCUGAGGAAGCGGAAGAAGUUGCAGAGGAAGAGAGCGAAGAUUUUGAGGACACCACGAGACGAUACCUCAAUUCACCUCAAUCCGCGAAUCCACCGUCCCAACCGCAAACGUACGAGGAUUGUAGUAUGGAUAGUAAAAUCAGUGGACGUUUAGAAGGCGACGGAGAGAUGGAAGUGGACGAGGAAAUAGAAGAACAGCCUGAAAACCUCUCAAGCAGAGGUACAAUCAAUCGUUUGCCUCAACAGAUUGUGACAUACCCAGGAGCAUCGCCAGCCAGCAGUAGCGCGAGUAGCGGUAGUCUACAGACAUCUUUCGCUGGAAUCCUAUUUCCAGGUCCCCCGGCUCAUCACCAAAUUCCUCAUCUUCCUGUUUCUACGCAGACAGGACCAAUCAUGGCAUCCGGAAAUGAAAUGAUCGAUCCAGCCAAGGACCCAGCGAUUUAUUCGACUUUACUACCACGGCCGGGCAGCAAUGACAAUUCCUGGGAGAGCUUGAUUGAAAUAACGAAAACUUCAGAGACGUCCAAGCUACAGCAACUAGUCGACAAUAUCGAGCAUAAACUGAGCGAUCCUAAUCAGUGCAUCGUUUGCCACAGAGUGCUCUCAUGCAAGAGCGCGUUACUGAUGCAUUAUCGCACUCACACUGGCGAACGUCCUUUCAAGUGUAAAAUUUGCGGUCGUGCUUUCACGACGAAGGGCAAUCUGAAAACCCACAUGGGAGUGCACAGAGCUAAACCACCACUGAGAGUGUUGCAUCAGUGUCCUGUGUGUCACAAGAAAUUUACGAACUCUCUCGUAUUGCAGCAACACAUACGUCUUCAUACCGGAGAACCCACCGAUCUCAGUCCGGAACAGAUUCAGGCUGCAGAAGUGAAUGAGUUCCCACCCGGUUACCAUCCGUUGGCAUCUUUUCUCCCUCAAGGCUUUCCACCGAUACAUCCGACCAGUACAGGCUUCUCCUUAGGAUUCCCUCCAUCCAGGCAAACGGCUAUCGAACAACAAUUGCAGGAGAGCGACAUCGAAACGAAAGAGGAAUCUCAGCAACGACAGAGAUUUAUGGAGGAGCAUAGCGAAGAAAUGGAAGAUCAAGAAGAUGAAGAGCAAGAUCACAGAGAGGACGAUGAUAGGUGCGAAUUGAAUCGCGAUAGGCGUAGCGUUGAAAUCGAAGAGGAGCAGGAUCACGAAAGUGAAGAUACAACCGAACACAAGGACGUAACACUUCCUAUAUUUUCGACUUCGUUGGCGGCGCUCGAGAACCAAGUAAGGACCAUCACGACGACAGCCGCGACCACGAACGUAGCCAGGUCACCGUCCUUUCAUCGAUACAACGGUAGCGAGAAGAGCACUAGCCCACCAACAUCCGGAGCUCCGCUCGACUUGACGCCCCGUGCUUCGUCCACGCCAGCGUCGGUGGCUUCAGCAUCGCCGACACCACCACCCCAAACUACGCCGCAUCAUCCACCAAAUCCCUUCGGCAUGUUCGCGGGACUACUACAAGCAGUUUCGUCUACUCCUGCUACUAGCACGAUAGGCACAUCGAACAUAAACAGCAUCACUUCGAUGAAUGCCGUGAACCCGGGAAAUGGGCCUGGCACCGGACCACUAGCCUCGCUGACCACUUCAGCCGUACUAGCUGCAUCAUCGACCUACAAUCCGCUCGGCCUAGCUGUUGGAGGCCCAGCAGUACGUGGCAACACCACAUGUAAAUUCUGCUACAAGACGUUCGCGUGCCAAUCUGCAUUGGAGAUUCAUUACCGGAGUCAUACGAAGGAGCGACCUUUCAAAUGCACCAUAUGCGAUCGAGGUUUUUCUACGAAGAACGAUGAUUCCGGUCAGCAAGUAUGCUCCUGCGCGGACCAACCCUUCGCCGCGAAGGGUCCGAUUCUCCCACAACCCAAUUCCCAAUAUCGCUCGUACCCGGCGAAAUCGGCCGCCGGAAAUAGUGAGAAACCGAAACGCAGGCGGCGGCGGCCUGAGGAACGGAAGAACCGGGGGCGGACAGGAACAGGAGGGGGGCGAAGGCUGACGUCUGUUUAUCCUGCCGUCCGCCUGCCCCCGCUGAUGCCACCCGCCCUCGGACUUCUACCCUCGGACCACGUCUUCCUGGGUAAUAUGAAGCAGCAUAUGUUGACUCACAAGAUUCGCGAUAUGCCGCCACAUCUGUUCAGCGAUCCAAAGCAUCAACAGCAGCAGCAGCAGCAGCAGCAGCAGCAACAGCAAGAACAAGAGACUUCCAGAAGUCCAAUGUGCGUCGAUGAUUCGAGCCUACCGCCCCCACCUCCACCACCUCCACCACCCCCGCCAAUGCCACCGACGUCCAUCGAGUCCACAAUACCGGUGAAAAGAUCGCCGGAAGGAGAUCUGCCAGCACCGAAAAGACCAGCUAGCCUGCCGAGCAAGCAUUUGUGCCAGAUUUGCAAUAAGAAUUUCUCCUCGUCUUCGGCGCUCCAGAUCCAUAUGAGAACUCACACUGGUGACAAACCAUUCCGAUGCACCGUCUGCCAGAAGGCGUUCACCACCAAAGGCAACCUCAAGGUACACAUGGGUACUCACAUGUUCACCAACGGAACAUCACGCCGAGGUCGACGGAUGUCAUUGGAUAUACCUCCCCUGCCAAUCACGCCCAAGGACUCGGAGUUUCUGCAAAGACGACCGGAUCUUUUUUACCCGUAUCUUCCCGCGCCAUUCCUUAACGGCGUCCAGCAAAAGCUGAACGAGAUUUCGGUGAUUCAAAGUAGCAACGGAUUACCGCCCCAUUCCUUAAGCGCGGGCAAAUACGCGGCAAGUCUAUUCGGCUCGGUGUAUGGUGCUGGCGGAGGUGGCUUCUCCUUGGAUAAACCGAUGGGGCCAACCAGUAACGGACCUCUAGUGGAUGGCAAGUCCGCGAUACCCUCGGGAUCCAUGCUCUUCCAAACACCAUCGCCCUCGCAUUCGCCUGGCGCGUCGUCCAAUGGUGGUAAUCAGACGUCUGCUAGCGUGUCUUGGACCGGUGAUACUCUUCAGCAUCAUUUCGAUCGGGAAACACCGAGCAGAACCGAGAACGACGCCACACCACCCACAGCACGGUUACCACCGCCACCAGCGAGAGGAGAGGGAUUAGCCGCGUGAAACUUGACGGAUACAUAUCUUUCUACCUAGCUACAUGAAAGGCGCGAUUGUUCGUUCACAGCGGCCGCAUCUCCGCCACGUAAGAGGCUGAUAAUAUAAUUGAUACAAUUCUCUCAGACUGAAUUAGUUUAGAAGAAGAAAUAAAGAAUCGCGACGAGUAAAUGUUGAUAGCGGGCAAUCUCGGCUCCGCCAUCCCUCCGUCCCAAUCGGCGAAGGUUUAUUAUCGACUCAUUCGGUCCCACAAGACCGCGAUCAUCAGGGUGGAACCUACGGUUUUCAAUCGCGCAAUGAUGCAUCGCAUAAAGAUGAUUCCGCAAAUCUCGAUCGGAGCAGUCAUAGUAUAGCACAGCUACCUUUUCAGUGCUGUAUUCGUGCAUUUCAAAGGAAGACAAUCUUCGGAACUGAAAACGAUCGCCUAAUCUCUUCACGUCGGGAGAGCACGAUUGGAACGAUCACCGGGACAAUCGCACGAUCGAACGUAGCUCGUUGGUGAUCGAGUUUACUUUUGGCAUUUCUCCACGUACGAGUGACGACAUAUCCCUACACCCCCCUCUCUCUCCCUCUCCUUUCUUCAUCCCUCUUUGCGCCCGGUAGUAGUUUUCAAUGUCUGCAAGCGAAGACACCAUGUUCCUAUUAUCGCGCUAGUCUUAAUAUGCGUAAAAGGGGUCGGUAGAUUCCAUCGAUCCGUCGACGGCUUCCGAGUAGGCUAGGACACUGAGAGUUUCGACCCCGAUUCGAAAACUCUCGAUACGCGAUGGGGCUCGAUCGCGUCACCGUCGCUGUUCGCAUUCAUCGUUUAUUCAAGUCGAGGUUUUCGCGUCGCUCGCCAUGAUGCGGGUGACUCGUGACGAGACGUUCCGCUUAAAUAUUGAUCCAGCGCGCGUGCUCGAUCGAGCCUCGUAUAACGUGCAUACGUAUCUACGUACGAUUCGCGAAUCCUUCGUACGGGAUUCGUGGGAGUCCUCACGCUAGACGCGACGCCUAGACUGAGCUCAGCUCGCGAGGGAAGGCGAGUAUAAGCAUAUUGGAGCCGCAAGACACGUGGCGUCGCGUCCUUACGGGUGUCCCCGACACAGUUCGACCGUCCAUUCGCGACAGCGGUGGUCACCUCUCCGGGUUAUC